UACCUCAACUGACUGCACAGCACAGUCUGCAGCAGCAUAGGAUGUAAUCAAUCCCACAUGUUUCACCUCUGCGACUCGGGGAUUUUCACUUUGAAUAUUUUUCUACUUUUUCUUUCAUUAUACCCCACUCGCCAUGCAAUGGAUAUAACUUACCAGACAUGACGGGGACUCAGUUUCUACCCUGCAAAGCCAAAACUCCGCUCAAUGCGAGGGGAGCCCGAAGUUCAUAAAAGGGAUUAUUUGCAUCUGGGUGCCUGAGACCUUCGGUGCCUCCGGAUUUUACUUUGGAUUUGGGAUUUAUCGGGUCUCGCCGGGAUGGAAAGCCGAGAUUUCGCUCCUCCGCACCACCUCCUGACGGAGCGGAGCGCGUUGGUUCACAGCGCCGCGUCUCGGAUGGCGCCGGGCGGCCACGGCUCCGUGCAGCACCCCGCUCACUUCCAGCCGGGGAAAUACUACUCGUCCCACCUCUCCAUGGGUGCGCACUCAGGUGCUUCCUUCAUGGGUUCCUUCCUAGCCAGCAGUAUGGGGUCGCCACCCUCGCACCCUCCUCACCCCUCGGGACCUGCUGCCUCCCCCUCCUCCCCCUCCUACAGGGCUGGACCCCAUUCGAGGGCUUCCCCUAUCUGGUUCCCCCAUUCACAUGAAGGGUACCCCAGCUAUUCUGGAAGUCUCGCUUCUCCUUUUCUCCCCAUGAGUCCCCUGGAUCACCACAGCAACGGUCUCUAUGGACAGCACCGCUUCUAUGAAACUCAAAAAGAUCACUUCUACCUGAGAGGCCUUCCUCCUCAGCCCCCUCUGCUCUCCACCACUCACAGCCUUCCUCCGCUGUCCAGGACCGCCCCGGGACACCCACUUGGCUCUUGCAGCCGAGAUACGGACAGUGGGGGAGGAGGCGGGAAGAGCGCCAAGGAUGCGGGUGAGAAAGGGAUUUCAUCUGUGUCAAAAAUGAAGGAGCGAUCAAGCAGCAAGGAGCGGCACCAGGAGGGCAAAGACAAACAACAUCAGCUUCAUCAGCACCAUCCUCACCAGACGAACCCUGCCGCCGCUCCAUCCGGCCACCACCAACAAGCUUACCCCCACCCUCACCAUGCCCUCCUUCCUCACCUCACACCGCAGGGCAGGGAGGAGGACCACAGGCACUCUGUGGAGCGGCAUAAGGAGUACAGAGACAGUGACUCAGGCAGUCAGGAGACAAAGCAUAUGAGUGCUUGUAAACUGUCCAGUGGUUCGGUUGCAGAGACUGGCACUGGAGCAAAGGGGGGAGCACUGAGCAGCUGCAGUGGUGGUGGGGUGGGUAGACCUCCUUCUGGAGGUGGCAGGCGGUGCUCCAGGGAUGGACCCAUAAAUGGGGAGAUGAGGAUCAGCGAAUCCUCAGCCGCUUCCAAUGAAUGUAUGAGAAGAGGUGCGGCUGCAGUGACAGCCAUCUUGGCACCUCCAACCUCCCACUCUGUGGCCUCCUACUCCAUGCCUCCUCCUCCGCCUCCGCCGCCUCCUCCACAUGCCUUGCACAUGGGCUCCACAGUGGCAGGAGGGUGGCUGCACCAUGCACAUCACCAUCCUCAUCCUGAGUUUUACUGUCCCCCAGCGCCUCUUACACUAACGCCCUCCAAAGACCCGGCAUCCACCCCUGGAGGCCCUGGCAGGGAAGCGAAAGUCAUUGGCCCAACUUACGUGCCCUCGGUUGGGCCACUGGGAGACCUGGCAGCCACUGACUGUCGUGGAGCAGGAGGAGGUGGGAGAAAGGGAGAGGACAAGACUGUAGAAGGAUCUUAUGAAAGUUCCUCUCAUCACCUCAGCCGACUUAGUAGUUGCCAGAAGAAGGACAAAUCCCAGCCACACCAGCAGCAGCUGGGAUACGGCAAGGCUGACAAACCUCCUGACUGGAGCCACCAGGCGCAGCACUUCCACAAACCCAGCUCCAACAUGAGCUCUCAGCCUGAGCUGCGGUCAUGCAGCUUGGACACAUCUUCAUCCCUCAGAGAUGUAGAGGCUGUGGACGAAGUUUACCGUCCCUCACUCCCACUAGAUGCCCAGGCAACACACCCUGGUGCUGGACAUGGCAUACCCAAGACUGGCCCAGAGACCAGCACUCCUCCCUUCAGGGACUGCUCCCACUCUGGUCCUCAUCCUGAUGGGAGGGUGGCAUCAGGGGCUCACCGGGAGGGACAAAAGGUUGCAAGGAUACGGCAUCAGCAGCACAGCAGCCAUGGACCAAGUGCAGACGAGAGGGGAAGAGAUGGAGGUCAAACAGCACCUUCCUGGGGGGCGCGAGGGGGCUACCACGAAGACCAGAGAAAAGGCUCCCAUCAUGCAUCAGUUGGUAAUGGUGAGGUAAGAGGGCUCAGCACCAGAGCUCCAAACAGUGACCACAACCAGCCCCACUCUCAACCACCUCCACCUCUGUCCCGCUCCUCAUCGCUCACCAGUGAGGCUGAGGGCAGUGCCAUGAAGAACCUAAUGAAUUACAGCUCCCAGCAACCUUUGCUGCUGCCACAGCGGGGCCCCUUUGGAGGUUUGGGCUGCCUCAAGCAGGGUGGAGAGAGAUCAGAGAAGGGGGACAGAGGAGGAGCUAAGAGCAACACCCCCCUGCAGGACCCUCCCAAACAAUCGCUCCCGCCUCGCCGAGGCUCCACUAACGAGGGAGAGAGGAGUGACAGAGGUGGGAAGGAGGCGGGGGAGGCAGGUGAGGGGGAGGUGCGACAGCCUCCGGUGGGUAUUGCGGUUGCGGUAGCCAGACCCCCCCAUCGUUCCCCAGACAACACCCCUGGACACAGCAGACAGGGCAGGGUGCUGCCCAGCAUGAAAGGGGUGUCGCGCCCUGUGUAUCCGCUUGGUCGGGAAGCAGAGGAGAGGAAGAGGAUGACAGAUGAACAGAUUAGCCUUCAUCACCUGGACAGAGACAGAGAAAUGAUCAUCAGGGAAAACAAGGAUCGCGUGGAGUUCGCCAGGAUCCACCCUUCUAGUAGUUGCCAUGGUGACCUGACCUCUCACCUCUUGGUUCCCGGAGGGGCCAGCCAGUUGGGGACAGACCCCGCUGCUCACGCUCACCCGGCUCACCACCACUGGAUGCAAAGGACAGGAAGUCCCUCCCUCUGGAUGGGGCAUUCGUACAGUCUGAGCCACGUGGGAAUGAGCCCAGGCUUCCCCCCAGGUCUGCCCAGCCCUCUGCAGCCCGUCUUGGGGUCGCUCACCCAAGACCCUAACUCCCCGCUGGUGGUUCUUCCUACAGAACCCGGGCCUCAUCAUCACCUCGACGUUCUGGAGCAGUCAGGUCUGUGGCCCCCUGUGUAUGGAGGCAGAGGCCCUUCUUCUCACCUGCAGCACCACCCCGUCUACUCCCGCUCCUCAUUCCUACGGCAACAGGACCUGUACGCCCUGCAGCAUCAGCACCAGCAGCAGCAGCGAGCCAUGGAGCACAUGCAGCGCCACUCCUUAGGACAGAGAAAACACGAGGAGCAUGCUAUCACUAUAGAGGAUUCUCCUCAUGAAUCUUCCGCAUCCAGAACUCCCUCCUCUUCUUCUUCUUCAUCUUCGUCCACCACGUCCUCACACGUGGCCAAACCCUUCUCUCACACCCCUCCUCCACCCAAGACGCCCACGCCAUCUCCGGGGAUGUGUCCCAGCAGCCGACAGUCACCUUGCUACCACUCCCCGUCCAGGCGGCCGCACCCGCCGAACCCCCUGACCCCUGCGCCAAGCCCGGCUGCAGCGGCGCCCCGCUCGCCGGCACUCAGCCCUGCUCCUUCACACCUCUCUAAAGGGCUGGAAAGGGGCAGUGACAGAGGAGAGGGACAGCCACCCCAGGACUACCCACAAUCCCUGGAGCCAGACCUACCACCUGUUUACACCUAUCCUCCGAUCACCAUGGGUUACAAGGCCGGGCCCUCGCCUCCUGAAGCCCGACUGGCUGAACAAGCCACGCUGGAGGCCGAGCCAGCACAGCCCGACUCCAAGUCCCUCCCACGUCCGUGCCACGUCCAGCCUCUCGUCGAAGUGGAGGAGAGGAGGGACGUAGAGGCUGAGCGGGACUGUGAAGUGGUGGCUUCCCAGAGUGGAGUUGCAGAGGAAGAGAAGGAAGAAAGGAGGGUGGAAGCAAAAGGAUGCUCCGUCUCCGAGCCCGAGAGCGAGAUUUCUGGAUUGCCGCCAAGCCUGUCCCCAGCUCCGGUCCCAUAUUCAGCCUGCCUGGCCACAGCCACAGGCAAAGCCCUAAAACUAGAGCUCUCUCUGGGCUGCCCGGGCCAGAAGGCCGGCCUGGAGGAGCCCCAACUAUCCAAAGAGCAGGAGGAUGACAGUGAAUGUGGAAAAGAGGACACAGAGGAGGAUGAGCGAGAGAAAAUGGGGCCUGCACCAACAGAAUGUACUGUCUCUGUGCCUGUAGAGCCUGGAGAGGAGGAGGAGGUGGAGGAGGACAAAGAUGGAGAGAAUGUAGAGGUGGUUGAGGAUGAGGAGGAAGAGGAGAGGAGUGGGCUGAGUCCAGGUCAGAACCUGGUGGAAGUAACUUGUAACUCUCCUGCUCCUUGUCUGUCUUCUGAACCCACCCUCCCUCCCAUGGGGAGCGCAGCAGCUCAGCUCCAAGGGGCCUACAUGUGGAGCCUGGAGCUCCUGAUCGCCGCGGCUCUGUGCGCCACCAGAGAUGCCUUGUACCCACCGGUACCUGCUGCCCGGGCCCCAAGCCCACCACCCCACCACGGCAUGGAGAUACUGGGAGAACUUGCCGAGCUGGAGAUCCAGCAGAGGAGCAGGGAGAGCAAAGAGAAAGACGCUGAAGGUGAAGACAUGCUGACCUUUGACCUCCACAGUCUGGCGACGCUGGCGGCCGCCCGUGCACUGGAGAUGGGGGGAGGGGUUGCGGACGCAGGGGCGGGCCAGCAGUGUCCAAUCAGGAAGAGGCUCAACCUGCGCAGGAAGUGCAGCUGGACGCCUCGCCACGAGCCGGUGUGCCCAGUGAAGGGCUCCAUGGAGACGAUGGGAGGGGAGGAGCUGGCCAUGCGUGUCCAGCUGGCUGAGCUACAGCGCCGCUACAAAGAGAAACAGAGGGAACUGGCCAAGCUACAGAGGAAACACGACCACCAGAAAGAGGAGACGUCUCGUAGCCCUGCCCGCCGGGGGCCCGGCCGCCCCCGCAAACGCAAGUCCACCCCCGGCCAAGCUGCUGCAGAGAGCUCCAAAAGACUCAGGGCCGGGCUGAAUUUACUGGAGGAAAAAGCCAGGAAGAAAAUGUCCAAUCACGGCUUCAACAGCCUCAGCGCUGCACAGAUGAAAGCUCGCUGCAAGCACAGAGGUCGGCCCACCGCCCUGAGCUCCAGGCUGGCCAGGCGGGUGACCCAUCUGAAGCAGAAAGCUGCGGCCCAGCGUGGUGCACCGUCAGCAGGCAUGCUGCACUGCAGAGGGAGCCCGGAUGAGGAAGACACCUCCAAGAGUCACUGCAGACAAGGAAGAAAAGACCUGCAGCAGGACUGGGCAGCUGGUCAAACUGCAAAGAGGAAGAGGGGUCGAAAGCCCAAAGUGCUGAUGGGCGUCAACCCAAACAGACCUCACAACAAGGACGGCCGGGCCUCUGAGAAGCAGGACGUUAGGGAAGAGAAGAGUGACAGCGAGAGCUCGGAGCACGAGGAGGAGGAGGACGGCAGCUACGACAGUGAAGAUGGAGCCGGUGACAUCAAGAUUAGCUCAUCCUCUAAAGACGCUCCUGCAAACCCUGCCGGGAUUGUGCCUUUUUCAUCGCAGCCCUCCAAGCUGCAAGCAAACCAGAAAGCCAGGAGUAGGAGACCAGGGCCUCCUGGUAUGGGGAGCAUGCCCAGUGCAGAUCAGAGGAGAGCGCCCAGAAGGCCGACGCUUUCCAACUCGGAAAGGGGGCGUCGAGAUAACCAGGGGACUAAAAAAUCAUACCUGCCCAGCUGGGGUGUGUUGUCAGUGGGCUGCAGCUUUGGAGAUGGCCGGGGGAACCGCGGAGCUCUGGCAGAAGCAAACAGGGCCAGCAAGGAAGCCGUUAUAAGGAGCUCAGCAGGGCAAGACAUUCUGGGAAAGGCCAAGGGCCACGCAGUGAGCCGGCUACUGCAGAGCUUUGCUGCCGACGACGGCUUUCGGUUGGACGAGGAAAGCAGCUUCUCCGAGGGCGAGGAGGAGGAAGAGGAAGAGGAGGAGGCGAAGGAGAAAAUGUUGAUCCACCUCCCUCCCAACAUGCCUUGCAGAAUACCCGCCCUGCCAAACUGUGUGUUGAGUAAAGAGAUGUUGGUAGACGGGCUGAAGAUCCUGAUCUCCAAGGAGGACGAGCUGCUGUACGCUGCCUGCGUUCAAACGCUGGACCUGCCUGACAUAUUCAGCGUUGUCAUCGAGGGGGAACGAGGGAAUCGCCCCCGGAUCUACUCACUGGAACAGCUACUGCAGGAAGCUGUGUUGGACGUGCGGCCCCAGACCGAGGCCAUCCUGACUGCAGGGACGCGAGUGUGUGCCUACUGGAGCGAGCGCUCUCGAUGUCUUUACCCCGGAUACGUCCAUAGAGGAGGUCCAGGUGAGGAGGAGAAGGAGGGGAGCGUGAUGGUGGAGUUUGACGACGGGGACAGAGGAAGGAUCUCCCUCGCAAACAUCAGACUCCUGCCUCCAGGAUACCAAAUCCACUGUGCGGAACCCUCUCCAGCGCUUCUUAUCUCACCUGGUCGCCGCGGCCGGCGAAGCUCCGCCCAGGAGAAGAAAGACACACCCACAGAAAACACAGCCAAUGAGGACCCAGCGGGGAGGCCCCUAGAGAAAAGACCAGUCGGCAGACCGAAGAAAGUCCACUCAGUGCCUAAGACUGCUGGCACACCGACACCAGUAACAGACACUGCAACCAAAGGCAACGCUUCCUUGUUGAACUGGUCUGUGCCCAGGAAGAGACCGCCGGUUGACUUCUUCCUCUUCAACGGGACUUCCAGGAAGACCCAGAGGAGGAUACGAGAACGAGACUUGGGUUUCUUUCAUCGGCCCGCCUCCCACCCUCUCGCACCCCCACUGCCUAUCAAAGGCAUCUUCGGCUCCCCAUUUGAAGGUGACUCAUUCAGUAGCAUUGCCAAUGGCUACUCCACAUUUGGAAGCUCUUCUGCCGGGCGACCAGUAACCACAGUAGCUUCCAUGGGGCUCCGGGACUCCUCCUCCUCUGCGUGCUCUUCAGCUGUCGCCAUGGCAAUUGCAGCGGGAAGCAGGAAGCCAGUGAGCGAACGCGACAGGAAACAGUUCCUGGUGAAGCUUGACCAUGAAGGAGUGACCUCCCCUAAAACAAAGAACAGCAAGGCCCUGCUUCGACUAGGGGGGAGUGCCGGGAGAGGAGGAAAGAGCCUCGCCUCCACAGGAGCACCGCUGCGUUACAUCCACCCUGCCCUGCUGGUGAAGGAUGGCAAGAAGGGAGGAGGGGAAAGAGACGGCGCUGGGGCCCGUUCGGAGGUUAUUCUAAAGGGCGCUCCACCUCUGAGGAAGGAUCUGCUGUCAGCAGGACUUGGAGUCCAAGGUGGAGAAUACAGUCUGGACUACCCAAGUGACUGCCCUAGCUCUUACUCUGAGCUAGAUGAGGAUGACGAGGAUGAUGGUCAAGAUGCUGAAGCACGUCGAGGAGGCACGGUGGUCACAUCCCACCGCGGUGGUCGUUUCCUCUCUCGCCUCUCCGUCUGCUCCUCCUCAUCUUCCUCCUCUUCUUCCUCCUCCGGCUCCAUCUCCUCCUCAUCCCUCUGCUCCUCGGACAACGACUCCUCUUACUCCUCUGAUGAAGAGUCGUCCUCAGUGCUGCUGCGCCGUGCACUGCUCCAGCAGGACAAACACAAGCACAGGCAGAACAUGACCUCGGACCUCCUGAGCCCUGACCCCACCACUUCCAGCUCCUCCCCCUCCGCCUCGGCCCCGGCUCACGGCUACGUGGCUAAAGCCAGUAUGGCCGUCUCGGGGUCCAAGGCGAGGGCUGACAGAGCAGAAGACAGGAAGGAGUUCUUGUCAAAAGGAAGCAUGGUGGCUAACAGUAGCACAGCUAAGACCCAGCUGAAGAGGAAAGAAGGAAUUUCUAACAGCCACCAUCAGAGCCAAAGCAGUCCUGUGGGCCAGCAGCCAAAACCUCCCUCCAAGGACCCAACAGCAGCUAAGAGACAGAGGAUGUCUUCACCUGAGUCCCUGCCUAACAUGGCCCCCCUUCUGCCUGGACGCCAGCUCUGGAAAUGGUCUGGAAAUCCCACACAGAGGAGAGGUCUGAAGGGUAAAGCCCGCAAGCUUUUCUACAAGGCCAUCGUGCGGGGCAAGGAGACGGUGCGUGUCGGGGACUGUGCUGUGUUCCUGUCACCUGGCCGGCCCCAGCUGCCCUACGUGGGCAGAGUGGAGAGCCUCUGGGAGUCGUGGAGCUCCAGCAUGGUGGUCAGGGUCAAGUGGUUCUACCACCCGGAGGAGACUCGCCUGGGGAAGCGACACCGCGAUGGCAAGAACGCUUUGUAUCAGUCGAGCCACGAGGACGAGAACGACGUGCAGACCAUCUCCCACCGCUGCCAGGUGCUCAGCAAGGCUGAGUAUGAUCACCUGAUGCGUGAACGUAAACCCGGCAAUGCGGUGAACGACCUCUUCUACCUGGCCGGAACCUACGAACCAACCACGGGCCAGCUGAUCGGCGCGGACGGCAUGGCCAUUGUGUCCUAGCACCACCAGCUAGAGAGAAAUCCAAAUAUUGAGCUGAAGUCUGGAGUUGACUGCUUCCAGGAUGGUCCUUCAGAACAGAGCAGGGGACAGAGGGAAACCAAGACAAAGAGUUUUUCGGCUCUGCGUAUUGGUCCGUCCCUUAUAAGAGAAGGAGCUAGCCCACUGGAUAAAGCCCGACAGUACUGGCACUUAGAGGAGUCUGGUUUGUUCUGGGAAAAGUCUGAUCCAUGUCAGAUUUAACCUCUUUAUCACAUGUGGACUUAGGCUCCUUGUUGCAGCGAGAGUCUACAGCCUUCCCUGUGGCUGAAAUAACAAAGUAUCUCGUCACUGCGACAACAUUACUGCAACAAAAGAGCAGGAACCAAGGACAUGAGCACUUUGGAGUACAUUAGCUUGGAUAUACUGAGGAGGAAGGGUGGUAGACUUGGCUCUCUGAAACAAAGACUGACUCAGAGAGCAGGAGAGACUGUACGGGAAGGAGAGACUUACUGUAAACCGCAUUGGUUUUGCAGGGUUUUAAUGGUCUUAUACUGGUAGUUUGACGAUGACAACGUGAUUGGGAGAUCCCCCAACAGGACCAAAAAACACUGUAGUUUGGAAUCGUGUGUGUAAAUGCGUGCAUGUGUGUGUGUUUGCAGAGUGGCUGCGAUGACCCUGUUAGGCAUUUAAUGAGCUCUAAGUAAACAGUGCUUCAGCGUGCGCGUGUGUUUGUGCGGUAUGUGCACGUGUACACCUGCGCUCAUCAAGCGAAGAUGCCGACAUGACGCGCCGUCGGUAUGUCUCUAACUCUCUGAAUAUUAAUCUGUCCAGUGCUUAACGUGCAGAAACAUGAAACGAUUUCUUCUCCUGUCAAGCCAUACACGUCAAUACCUCUCUCUCGUAUCCUCCUAUUCAGGUGCGCAGACACAUGUACAGGUGGUUGGAUUGUUUAUUCGAGCGAUGCGUGCAUGCUGGUGUGCGUGUGCAUGGGCGUGCGUGUGCGCUUUGUACAGCAUUAUGUAUAAUACAACAUGUUGUAAAUAGUAUACAUAUAUAUUUGUUCUUGUUUUGUUUUUGUUUUUGUUUUCUUUUGCAGAGAUUAUUUUAUUUAGGAUUUUUUA